AUCUGUCUGUCUGAGUUAUUCCUCAGUCUGAGAAGUGAAGAUGAAGCUUCUCAUUUUGGCGGCGCUUUUUGGCCUGAGCCUUUCCCAACACGACCCUCACACUAAACAUGGCCGCACCUCCAUCGUUCACCUGUUUGAGUGGCGCUGGCAGGACAUUGCUGCUGAGUGUGAGAGGUACCUCGCUCCCAACGGCUACGGAGGAGUUCAGAUUUCUCCCCCAAGCGAGAGCAUCGUCCUCACCAGCCCUUGGCAUCCUUGGUGGCAAAGAUAUCAGCCAAUCAGCUACAAACUCUGCUCCAGAUCAGGAACUGAGGCAGAGCUCAAGGACAUGAUCACCAGGUGCAACAAUGUCGGGGUGAAUAUUUAUGUGGAUGUGGUGAUUAAUCACAUGUGUGGAGCCGGAGGUGGAGAAGGGAAACACUCGAGCUGUGGUUCAUAUUUCAAUGCCAACAAAAAGGAUUUCCCUUCAGUUCCCUACUCCAGCUGGGACUUUAAUGAUGGGAAAUGUUUCACUGCCAGCGGCGACAUCGAGAAUUAUAAUGAUAUUUAUCAGGUGAGAGACUGUCGUCUGGUCAGUCUGCUGGAUCUGGCGCUGGAGAAGGAUUAUGUCCGUGGUAAAGUGGCUGAAUACAUGAACAGUCUGAUUGAACUGGGCGUGGCUGGCUUUAGAGUGGACGCCUGUAAACACAUGUGGCCUGGAGAUUUAGAUGCCGUCUACAGUCGUCUAAAAAACCUCAACACCCAGUGGUUCAACGCUGAUUCCAGACCCUUCAUCUACCAGGAGGUCAUUGAUCUGGGUGGAGAGGCGAUUAAAGCUUCAGAUUAUUAUGGGCUGGGCAGAGUGACCGAAUUUAAAUAUGGCGCUAAACUGGGGACCGUGUUCCGUAAAUGGAACAAUGAGAAACUGCGCUAUCUGGUUAACUGGGGUGAAGGUUGGGGUUUUAUGCCGUCUGAUAAAGCCUUGGUGUUUGUUGAUAAUCAUGAUAAUCAGAGAGGUCACGGAGCUGGUGGAGGUUCCAUCCUCACCUUCUGGGAUCCCAGGUUGUAUAAGAUGGCUGUCGGUCUGAUGUUGGCGCAUCCGUACGGCUUCAUCAGGGUGAUGUCCAGCUACCGCUGGGAGCGACGCUUCGUUGAUGGAAAGGAUCAGAACGACUGGUUGGGACCUCCGAGUGACAGUGAUGGAAAGACGAAGCCGGUGGUCAUUAACGAGGACACGACGUGUGGAGACGGCUGGGUGUGUGAACACAGGUGGAGACAGAUCAGGAACAUGGUGAUUUUCCGGAACGUGGUGAACGGCCAGCCGCUUGUGAACUGGUGGGACAACGGAAACAACCAGAUCGCGUUCGGUCGCGGGAACCGAGGCUUCAUCGUCAUCAACAACGACGACUGGUCUCUGGACGUCAUGCUGAACACCGGUUUGCCUGCUGGCAUCUACUGCGACAUCAUUUCUGGCCAAAAGGAAGGAAACUCUUGUACAGGAAAACAGGUUGUUGUGGGCGGAGACGGACACGCCCAUUUUAACAUCAGUAACAUGGAGGAGGAUCCGUUCGUCUCCAUCCACAUUGACGCUAAACUGUGAAAUAAUACAAAAUAAAAAUCAUGUGAGCACCAA